CAAAUUGACAACAACAAUAUGACAUUGAAACGUUUCUCAUAAAUUUUGUUGCUCAAAUUUUCGUUCAUUCACAUCCCCGACAAACAAAAAUUCCCUUCAAAUAGUUUCCCUUGCAAAAAAAAUUAAACCGACCAGGAUUUCCCUGACUUGCGCACUCGUUGACAUUCUGACAUUUGCACAAUCGCGUGUCGUGUGAACGUACAGGCAGAGCAGAACAGAGAAAUACGGCUUUUGUGAUUCAUUCGAAGACGCUUUUCUUGAUAUUUGAUCUGGAAGUUUUGGCAUUCGAAAACUUCUACUACACGACCUGAAUUGUCGUAAUAUGAGUAAUGCACCCAACGAAAAUGGAUCAGGUCUAGAGCAGCAGUUUGCUGGUCUGGACUUGCAGAGCCGCAGCUCGAGCAGCAGCGGUCGCUACGUACCCCCCCAUUUGCGCAACAAGAAUCUGCAACAGCAGCCCUCCGAAGGCAGCGGAGCCAGUAACGCGGGAGGAGGUAACUUCGAGAAGGACCGUUACGACAGGGAACGAUUCGAUAGUGACAGAGAUAGAGGCGGUCUGGAUAGCAGGGAUCGAGGAGGCGGCAGCAGAGGAGGCUCGAGGAACUUCGGACGGGAGCGCGACAAUAGAGGCGGCGAUUUCUCUAAUUUUAAUACCAGAAAUCGGAGAGAUCAGAACGGAGAUGCUUUCGACAGAAAUGACUGGAGCGGUGGACGCAAUAACGACAGGGACAGGGACCGUAACAACGACCUUCAACCGCGCAAUGACCGAUGGCAGGAGCCGGAAAGGUCGUCGAGGGGCAACGAAGGCGGCGGCGGCGGCGGAGGCGGUAGCAGAUGGAACGACAACGCGGGAGGACGCAGGAGCGACGGUCGCAGGAACGCUUCGAACGAAAACGACUGGACCGUACCGACGGCGAGGGACGAGAGAGUGGAACUGGAAUUGUUCGGUACCGGCAACACUGGCAUCAAUUUCAGCAAAUACGAAGAUAUACCGGUGGAGGCGACUGGUGACAAAGUGCCCACUCACAUUGCAUCUUUUGAGGAAGUACAGUUGACGGAAUUGAUUCGCGCCAACAUCGCCAUGGCCCGAUACGAUUCACCGACGCCCGUACAAAAGUACGCCAUACCGAUAAUCAUCGGUAAGAGAGACGUGAUGGCGUGCGCCCAAACCGGUUCGGGCAAAACGGCCGCCUUUCUCGUGCCCAUCCUGAACCAGAUGUUCGAAAACGGCCCGCCCAACAUCCAAUACAACCGCAGCAGGCGCAAGCAAUUCCCCUUGGGCUUGGUGCUGGCGCCGACGCGCGAAUUGGCCACUCAAAUCUACGACGAGAGCAAGAAGUUCGCUUAUCGGUCCAGAGUCAGACCGUGCGUCGUAUAUGGAGGAGCUCACAUAGGCGAGCAAAUACGCGAAUUGGACAGGGGUUGUCACCUGCUGGUAGCGACGCCCGGUCGUCUGUUGGACAUGAUCGAUAGAGGUCGCAUCGGUCUCGAUUAUUGUCGUUAUUUGGUGCUGGACGAGGCCGAUAGAAUGUUAGAUAUGGGUUUCGAGGUGCAAAUUAGACGUAUCGUCGAAAAGGAGACGAUGCCGAAGACGGGCGACCGGCAAACGUUGAUGUUUUCGGCCACUUUUCCAUCGCCCAUACAGAUAUUGGCCAGAGAUUUUUUGGAUAAUUACAUUUUCUUGGCCGUAGGAAGGGUCGGUAGUACAUCGGAGAAUAUCACGCAAAAGGUCGUGUGGGUGGAAGAGCACGACAAGCGUUCGUUCCUGUUGGAUCUGUUGAACGUGUCCGAUUUGCAACAGCCGUCGGCCGAAAGCCUGACGUUGGUGUUCGUCGAAACGAAGAAGGGCGCCGAUUCGUUGGAGGAGUUCCUCCACAACGAGGGCUAUCCCGUCACGUCGAUACACGGCGAUCGAACGCAGAGGGAGCGCGAGGACGCGUUGCGCCAAUUCCGAUCGGGCAAUACGCCCAUUUUGGUGGCGACCGCCGUGGCGGCCAGAGGUCUGGACAUACCGCACGUCAAGCACGUUAUCAAUUUCGAUUUGCCCUCCGAUAUCGAGGAAUACGUGCACAGAAUCGGCCGAACGGGCCGUAUGGGUAAUCUCGGCACGGCGACGUCGUUUUUCAACGAUCGCAAUCGAAACUUGGCCACCGGGCUGUUGGAUCUGCUGAUCGAGGCCAAGCAAGAGUUUCCCAGCUGGCUGGAGAGCGUCGCCGUCGACGGCCGUGUGCCGAGCGGCGCCAACCGGAGGACCGGCAAGGGACGCUACGGCAGCGGCGGCGGUAACUUCGGCAGUCGCGAUUACCGUCAACAAUCGGGCGGCGGUGGUGGAGGCGGCGGCGGCGGUCGCGGCAACCAAAGAUCUGGUAGCGGCGGUUACGGGAAUAACGGUUACGGUAACGGAAGUAACCAUUACGGGGGACUUGACAGAGGAAGCAACUUCGGCGGCAACCACAACAAUUCGAAUAGUCGUGACGAUUGGUGGUAAAAGUUAGAAUAAAAUUUUAAGGUCGACAAACCUUUUUUAGAAAAUACUUACAACACGUACCUAUAUUACUAGUACCCCCCCAGAAAUUACUCCCCUCUCCCCCAAUACCCCGCAAGUCUCUUAUAUGUCGGUGUUUUGUCCCACGUUUCCUCUUUCUCUGAUGAUACAUAUUUAUUCGAGUUACACUUUUUUUUCUUGAGACAAUUACA